AUGGCCCAAAUGAUCAACUACGAUAUAAGAGAAAAUGACGUAAAGAAUAGGGAGAGAAGGAGGGGCAGCGGGCGUGGCUCGUUCAAGUUCAACGUGGCGGCGCCGGAGUUCGUGCCGACACUGCCGCUGCCAGCUCAGCUUCCGAUAACGAGCUUUUUUUAUCCGUGCUUUCCGUUCAUUGAUGGGACUAACAAUGGAAGCUGGAUUUACGUGGCGGAUCAAGAAAAACUAGGCUCAACCCAAAGUCAUCAACAACAACAACCAAGUGUUAUUGUCAUUACUGAGGAGAUUAAGCGCAAGAUAAUCAAACAGGCCGAAUACAUGUUCAGCGACAUGAGCAUGCUAGCAAAUGAAACUCUCGUCAAGCAUGUGAGCAAGGACCCUCAAGGCUAUGUUCCUAUAAAUUUUGUCUCGACUCUGAAGAAACUCAAGUCGCUCAACGUCAGCAAUCAGACGGUGGCUCAGGCCCUUCGUUCAUCGUCUAAAUUGGUCGUAAGCAGCGAUAGCAAGAUGGUGAAACGCAAAAGCCCCUUCACAGAUAAAGAAAAGGAGGAGUUGCAGAUGAGAACAGUUAUAGCUGAAAAUUUACCAGAUGACCACUCUCAUCAGAAAAUCGAGACGAUGUUUAAUGUGGUUGGAAGCAUCAAGUCUAUCAGAAUAUGUCAGCCACAGGAACACAAUGCUUCGCGGUCUAAUAAUACAGACGUAGUUGUCAGUCAUAAGCUCCAUGCGCUGGUAGAGUAUGAGAAUGCUGAAACAGCUGAGAAAGCGGUUGAAAAGUUAAACGAUGAAGGGAACUGGAGGAAAAGCAUGCGCGUGAGGCUUAUGCUAAAGCAUUCGCCUAAGACUGUGACAAAGAGCCGAAAGCUGGAAAAUUUCGAUGGUUUUGUAGACGACAAUGGGUCGAUCCAUCAUUCACCCGAAGAUGCCCCUCGGAAUAACACCUCAGAAACAGAGUCGGACGAGAACUCAAAGAAAAGUUGGCCCAGAAAUUGGGCCAAGACCAAGCAACGCCAUUUUCAAGGCACACGCAGCCCGCCCACACCAUCGUCACACUCAAUGGGCUUGUGCCCAGGCCAGCAGCCCAUGAAGGGCCCAAGAAUGCCCGAUGGAACACGAGGUUUCACCAUGGGCAGGGGUAAACCGCUGGUUGUCCGGGCCCAGUCCAAUUAA